CUCGAGCUCUUCGAAUGGAAGGCGCUUAUCCCCUGACCCGCAACAUGGGUCGUCCUCACCAGAAGCAGAAACAAACCAUGUGGCACGUAAGAUGCCGCUCUCAGAAAGCCCCUUUUCAUGAAACGACGGUUCAUGUCAUGGGUUCUUCCCGGAUGUGUGUGCUCAGCUGUAUCCGCCGAAUCGCCUGUGUUACGAGUAUCACGAGAAGGAUCGGCAGCAGAAGCACAUCGUGGCCCUCCUCAACGUGAGACCGCAUCCCCUCGACAAUGAAAUAGAGGAGGAGAGAAGGAGGCCGCCCCACCUCUUCCCACCUCCCGUCAAAGUCUCGGUCAAGAAGCGGAGCGUGCGGGGGACGGGCAGCUCCGUCGGCGCCUCGCAGAGCACUGCAUACGGCGAGGGCACACUGCUACUCGUCAAGCCCAAGUCCAAGUCGUUCAAGCGCGAGAACGCUCGCAAUGCGGUCAUCACGCUGGAGAACAAGAUUCUGUUGGAGAAGAUGCUGAGGAUAGACUCCACACCGAGCCCCUACAGCCCAGAGGCCAUCGUGUAUCAAGACAGACACUUCAACGGGUGGGUGGGCAGAAAACUGUAAUGAUGCGUGGCUCGGCAUGGUGCAGUCGGUGUUUGUCUGUGUCAACAGCACAAAGACCAAGUCGUUGAAUUUCGACUCGCGCAAGAAGGAGCUGGAUCGCAUCACCUUCGAAAACAGAGUUAGUGGACCACGGGGAAAUAAAAAAGGGAAUACACCACUGGACGCGCCCAUUCUCGUGUCGUCAGAGGCUCCUUGAGCGGCUAGGGGAUGUAAAGCCCUCAGUGAAGCCCCAACAGUGGGAAAAGGAGAGGCAGCAUACCGAGUACAUCGCAAAAAACAUCCUCAAGAACUCCAUCAGGGGCAAACCGCCUAGAGGGCUCAAGUAAGACACAAGAUAAGCAGGAGAAACCGACGGAGAUGGGCUGUCUCCCAUUUCUACAGUCCUCCCCCAGCACGGCAACAGCAGCUUGCCAUUGUGCCCCUUUCGGUCAGCGACCGUGGUCCUCGCGGGUCACCAGGUCAAUCGUUGCCGGCCAUCGGCCCCUAUUCGGAAGGCGGCGAUCCCAGUGCACAACCAUCGGCCACCUAUCGGAGUGUCUCAAACCACACGAGCGUGAGAGGCUCAGGCGCUGCCCCCGUCUACUCCUCUCCGAAGCCCGUGAAGCAGGACUACGGCAGAUCGCCCUCCAAGGAGAGAAGGCCUUCCUCCGCUGCGGAGCUGCCCCUCCCCCUUCCUCUACCCUACAUACUGCCCGGAGACACGCAGAAAUCGGCCGAGGGUAAGAAGAAGAGGAGACCGUCAAAGGAAGAGAAGAAAAAAGAGCAAGAGAAGGCAGAGGACAAAGAGACUGACGACACCGUCCAGGCACCUGAGCCUGCUGCAGAGGCUCAAGCUGAGGGUGUUGCAGAGGCUGAAGAGAAGCCACCUAUCGAUGAGAUGCCUCAAGACGAGACCAGCACCGCGUUGGUUCCCGCAGAAGCUGUGCCAGAAGAUAGUGACCGUCAGGAAACAGUGGAAGCACCGGCAGCAGAGGACGCGGGAGCUGCAGAGGUGGUUAAGGAGAGUCUGACCGAGCCGCCAGCGGCAGCAUCUGCUGACCACGCCGAUGGGGAAAUUGCUGACGAGACCGAGAAAGGGGAACAGGUUGGGGAUGAGCAAGAGGUGAAGGAGAUAGAAGACGCGGUUGCUGAGCCUGUCGAACCAGUUGAAGAGACACAGAUGCAAGGGGGGCAGGUAGAAGAGGAUUGAUAUUUCUUUGCGUGCAUUCGUGCGUGUGUGUGACUGCGCUGCAAGGACUUUGCUGAUCGAGCCAG